AUGAAAACCAUAUUUAUAACGUCUUUCUGUGUUUUUCUGCUAUUUCCCAAUGCACAGCAAUUUUCAAUCGAACCAAAAAUAGUUGGAGGUUAUGAUGCUGACCCAGGUCAAUUCAAAUACAUCGCUUCCCUUCGUGAUGAUAACAACAACCAUCACUUCUGUGGAGCUACCAUUAUCACCACCCGUACGCUAAUCUCCGCUGCCCAUUGCAAAGUCAUUGAUAUAGACGACAUGGUUGCUGUUGUGGGCACAACUCGUUUGGAUGAUGAAGCAGCAGAUCGCUACACAGUUAUAGACUUCAUCACACACCCUGAUUAUAACCAAUAUGGAUACAGGAGUGAUGUGGCUGUGAUAAUUCUGGAUGAGGAUAUUGAGUUUACUAAUAUGGUGCAACCUAUUAGGAUGACGAGUAGAAGAGUUCGGGGUGAUGAAAGGUUGACUAGUGCGGGGUGGGGAUACACGUCAUUUCCAGGACAAGCUCCUAAUAAUUUGCAGUGGAUGAACCAGAAUGUGGUCAGUGCUGAGGAGUGUCAAGAGAUGGAACCUGGGACGAAUAUAAUUGGGAAGAUUUGUGCUUUGGAGAUGGAGGGACAAGGUGUGUGUUCAGGGGAUUCGGGUGGGCCACUUGUGGAUAGGUAUCAGGAGUUGGUGGGGGUUACGUCUUCAGGGUUCCGAUGUGCCAGGGGGAGGCCGGAUUUCUUUACUGAUGUUUAUUAUUUUAAGAGGUGGAUAGAGGCAAAUAUUCAAUAAAUAGAUUAAAAGCA